UUCGCUGCUGGUACCCAAACACAUUGUUAAAGCCGCUGUUUCUGCAGGCUAAUGCUGGACAACUAAGACUGGAUUCUUCUGUUUGCUGGAAUAUUGAUCUGUGAAAAUCGCCGGACUGAUCGCGUUUUUCUUCUGCUGGAUGGUUUUAUCGGAGCAGCAGCUGUUGCCAUGACCACAGAUGAGGUGGAAAGUCACCAGAAGAAGCCGAAGCAACAGGAGGAACCCAGCCAGGACGCUCGGCCACCGUCUCCUGAGGAUGAGCAGCUCCGGCUACGAAACCGUAACUCUGCCGGCCGUGGUCUCUCGCGCCUCUUUUCAUCCUUCCUGAAAAGGCGUUCACAGUGUGAGAGUGAAGGUGGAGACAGGGGGAAUACGGAAGAAGAAGAGGCUAAAGCUCCAAUAGCUGACCCUGAGCCUGAACUAAGAGUAGAGGGAGAGGUUGCUCUGGACCAGCACUCUGUCAGCAGCACUGAGGCUCAGGUAGAGAAAAAAGAAGCUGAGGAGGACAAGGGUGGAAAAGAGAAGGAGAACAGCGAUGAAAAAGGAGAGGAAGUUGUCACUGAAAAGGAGGAGGACAAGGAAAAGGAAUCUGGUCCUGAAGGAGAGGAAAAGGGAGAGAAGAAGGAGAAGACAUCAGAGGUUGAGGCCAAACCACCUAGAGCCCCACGCCGACCAAAGACCAUGCAGAUCAAAGUCACCCUACUGGACGACACCCUGUAUGAGUGUGAGCUGGAUAAACAUGCCAAAGGCCAGGAGCUCUUCAUGAAGGUAUGUGACCACCUCAAUCUGCUGGAAAAAGACUACUACGGCCUGGCCAUCUGGGAGACCCCCACAAUGAAGACUUGGAUGGACCUGACCAAAGAGAUCCGCAGGCAGGUACAAGGUGCCAACUAUAAUUUUACUUUCAAUGUGAAAUUCUAUCCACCGGACCCGGCCCAGCUGUCAGAAGACAUUACAAGGUACUACCUUUGUCUCCAGCUGCGGAAGGACAUCCUACAGGGCAGACUUCCCUGCUCCUUCGUCACCUUGGCUCUCCUCGGCUCCUAUGCCCUGCAGUCUGAGCUCGGCGAGUACGACCCUGAGGUGCACGGGAACGAAUAUGCUAAGGAGAUGAAAAUGGCCCAGGGUCAGACUAAGGAGCUAGAGGACAAAAUGAUGGAGCUGCAUCAUACAUACAGGUCAAUGACUCCAGCCCAGGCAGACCUGAUGUUCCUGGAAAAUGCCAAGAAACUGUCCAUGUAUGGAGUGGAUCUUCAUCAGGCAAAGGAUCUGGAUGGUGUGGACAUCAUGUUGGGAGUGUGCUCUGGUGGUCUGAUGGUUUACAAAGACAAGCUGAGGAUCAACCGCUUUCCCUGGCCCAAAGUCCUCAAGGUCUCCUACAAGCGCAGCAGCUUCUUCAUCAAAAUACGACCAUCUGAGGUGGAACAGUACGAGAGUGCCAUUGGCUUUAAACUGCCAAAUUAUAAAGCUGCCAAGAAGUUAUGGAAAGUGUGUGUUGAACAUCACACCUUCUUCAGGCUGACCUCCACUGAGAUGGCCACCACUCCCAGGAAGUUCCUGGCCCUGGGCUCCAAGUUUCGUUACAGUGGACGGACUCAGGCUCAGACCAGACAGGCCAGCUCGCUGAUUGACCGACCAGCUCCGCUGUUUCAGCGCACUUCCAGCAAGAGGAACUCCCGCAGUCUGGAUGGAGCAAUGGCGUCUACUCCUGACAACAAAUCCAGUCGUCCAGUCAGUGCCCCUGUUAUGUCACCAGUGUCUCCAGGAGAGGCGACACCAUCACCACUGCUGCAUCGCCAUGACUACCACGAUGGCUCCACACCCAGAAGCCAACGCUACACAGACAGGAAGGUGGAGGUAAAGGCCGAAAGUAAGCCAGAACACACCAAGAGCCACAGCCCAAAGCCAGAGUCUACUCCAGAAAUCAAGACCGUGGCCCGGAGAGAGAGGCGACACUCCCCAUCAGUGACCGGUGGGGAGAGAAAGAGCCAGGGAAAACAGCACUCGCUUCAGGACAAAAAGCUGGAAAUGGUUCGAGUGAGAAAGAAGAGAGCUAAGAGACUUGAGGGUGAAACUAUUUAUAUCAGACAUAGCAAUUUAAUGCUGGAGGACCUGGACAAGACCCAGACAGAGAUCAUGCGCCACCACACCAGUAUCAGUGAGCUGAAGAGAAGUUUUAUGGAGUCAGUACCAGAACCUCGGCCCAGUGAGUGGGACAAGCGUCUUUCCACCAAUUCACCGCUCCGCUCAGUCAGUAUCAACGGCCAGCUGCAACCAGCGUCUCCUGUGCUAAAGACCCAGACAGUCACCAUCUCAGAUGUCACCAACUCCCUACGAGGAACUGUGACCUACAAGGACAUCCCAUUAGUUCACACUGAAACCAAGACCAUCACAUACGAGUCAUCACAGCCUGUGGACAGCCUGGCCGAGAGAGACUCAGGAGUCCUGCUGAGUGCCCAGACCAUCACCUCCGAGACCAUCAGCACCACCACCACCACCCAGAUCACCAAGACGGUGAAAGGAGGGAUCUCUGAGACUCGCAUUGAGAAGAGAAUCGUCAUCACUGGAGACACUGAAAUCGAUCAUGACAAGAUCAGCCACACUUUGUCCCGCUCACAUUCCUCCUCCUCUCUUGUGUCUCCAUCCCACACUGACCUGUCAACACCAGACCCGACCAGCCGGCUGAAGUUUCACCUCCAUGACUGGAGUUUGUCUUCACCAGGAGAUUCACAAGAACUCUUCCAGUAUUCCCAACAAUCCCCCUGUUGUUUAUUUAUUGCCAACAGAGCAACUGCUGGAGUUUUGAAUAAAAACAAAUCUUUUUAGUCUAAUCGGGGUGCAGCAUUUGUGGAUUUACUUUUCUCCGGUUUGCGUGGAGAUUUUAAGGAAAAACAAUCAAAGGACAUUUGGUCUUUUAAUAUGGAGAUAACUGGUUCUUUAUUUUUCUACGGCUUUUCUUACCAUCAGAAUUGGUUAUCAAUAACUUGGAAGUCGACAGUUUUUUAACUAUAUAUUGAAAACAGAAAUCAGGAUUGUUGCUGAUAUUGAUUGGGAUUGUUGGUACUGGAGCAUCCUUCUUUAAUUUAAAGUUUAGUCUUAUAUAAUGUACAGUAAGUAUUUUAUUUUCCCUCUAAGUGUGAAAAAUAUUUUUUCAAUUCAUGUAUAGGUAGAUUAAUUUUAUGGAAGCGGGUGGUGGGGGGGUUUGGGGUGGGGGGGUUGCCUAUCACCUUAUUAAAAGCUCAGACAUCUGUGGACUGAUUUUUACAUCUUUUGGUUGUUUUAGCUGUUGUUGUUGUAGUACUGGUGUCUCAUAAAGACAGAGUACUUAAAGAAGUUCCCUCUUUCUUUGUUUCCAGCUCUGUCUUUUUCUUGUGUGUUUCAUGGUUUAGGUUUAGAGCCAGCACAGCAUCCCAGUUUGAUCGUUUUAGUCAUUUCUACUGAGCAUGGCAUUAUUGUCUAGUGUUCCUGAAUUUAUUUAACAUUUCAAUCUUAUCUCCUACCAAAUGGACAGUGUCUACUCAUCCAUGGAGACAGAAAUCCAAUGUUUGUUUACCUGCUUGAUUGAUAAUAAAUUGUUGACUAGUUAAAAAUAA